UGGGAUUUUUCAGUCUUAAAUCUUAAAUAAGGAGUCGUGAGAAAGACUAGAACAAGUCCGCUAUACACAAAAAAGAAAUUUGAUCUCAAGAUUUUCUUGUCAGAGAAAUUGAAAUAAACGAUGGAAUGUCUGUCGUCCAAAUUUAUUCCUUUUGCAUUGUUGGCCAUUUUAUCACUCCUACAAGUAGCAGUUGGGAUUAGAUUUGUGAUUGACAGGGAGGAAUGCUUUUCUCAUUCGGUUCCAUACGAAGGAGAUACUGUCCAUGUUUCUUUUGUUGUGAUUAAAGCUGAGGGAUGGCAUUAUGGUGACGAUGGUGUAGAUCUAGUUGUUAAAGGACCAACUGAAGAACAAAUUCAUGAUGCUCGUGAUAAAACAAGUGAGAAGUUUGAGUUUGUGGCUCACAAGAAAGGGGUCCAUAAAUUCUGCUUCACCAACAAGUCUCCUUAUCAUGAAACCCUAGACUUCGAUAUUCAUGUCGGACAUUUUACAUACUUUGAACAGCACGCUAAAGAUGAGCACUUCAACCCCUUGCUGGAACAAAUUUCUAAAUUAGAGGAAGCUCUUUACAACAUCCAGUUUGAACAGCAUUGGUUAGAAGCUACAACUGAUCGUCAAGCACUAGUUAAUGAAGGAAUGAGCAGAAGGGCAAUUCACAAAGCCAUCUUUGAAUCUGCAGCACUUGUGGGAGCUAGCAUUCUACAAGUGUACCUCCUGCGCCGCUUGUUUGAGAGAAAGCUCGGCACAUCCAGAGUUUAGGCUUCAGCCUCUGUCAUCUGAUAUUGUGUUAAAUUUAUUGUCAUAAUGUUAAAGUGUCUACCUCCAGCAUUUGUUUUCUCUGGGAGAAAAUUUUAAAAUGAUAAGAAUUAUGUACAGUAGUCAGCUAACGAGGUAAUUUACGGAUUUUAAUUCACGACUCCCUUAUGGUUUGAAAAUUAAGUGCAAGAAGACUUGAUUCACAUUUUUUUUUCAAUCUUUUCUAGAUCUGGCUUCGGGCUUUCGGAUUAUCACCCAAAUAUGUAUUCAUGUCACAUUGAAUUGCUGAUGUUCAUCCUUUUUCUUUUUUUUGAAAAGAUCCUUUCUGGUUGUUCCA